AAACACACUCUCAUUCCCACAAAACAGAAUAAAAAACCGAAUCUUUUCUUCACAAACAACCUUAAUUCCCUCAAAUCAAAAAAAAAAAAAAAAACCCAAAAAUGUUCGGAGAAAACAUUAGCUCAGAUCAACUUCCACCCGGUUUCAGAUUCCAUCCAACGGACGAAGAACUAAUCGUGUACUAUCUCCGAAACCAAGCCUCGUCAAACCCUUGCCCUGUUUCCGUUAUUCACGAAAUCGACAUCUACAAAUUCGACCCCUGGGAAUUACCCGAAAAGGCAGAGGUUGGAGAGAAAGAAUGGUAUUUUUUCAGCCCGCGAGAUAGAAAGUACCCAAACGGGGCCCGCCCGAACAGAGCAGCCGUUUCGGGUUAUUGGAAAGCAACGGGCACAGAUAAAGGAAUCUAUAGUGGAUCGAAAUACGUUGGCGUGAAAAAAUCCCUCGUGUUUUACAAGGGCAAACCACCAAAGGGUAUCAAGACCGAUUGGAUCAUGCAUGAAUAUAGGUUAAGCGAAUCAAUUCGACCGCUUCCCAACAAGCAAAACGGCUCCAUGAGGUUGGAUGAUUGGGUGCUGUGUAGAAUCUACAAGAAGAAGAAUCCGACGAGAAAUACGGAACAGAGAGUCGAAGAAACAUUUGACCGAUUUGUGACUUCAAACGAUGCUACGUCUGAACAAGAUCAACAAGCAUCGAUGAAAUUCCCGAGGACUUGUUCUCUAACUCAUUUAUGGGAGUUCGAUUGCAUGGCUUCGAUUUCUCAACUCCUCGACGAAAACAUCGCGUACAAUUUCCCCUUCAACAAUCAAGAAACGUCAAUAAGCAACAACGGCCCCCACAAAUAUCAGACGGGGCAAGUGCAGAUACACGAUUAUUAGUUUCUUGUCCGAAAAAAAAAACCACACGAUUUUACUAGAUUAGUUUAUAUAGUUUCGGGGGGGUGUUAGGAUUAAAGAUUGAAUUUUUAGCUGCUUUUGUGAAAUUAUAUAAGAUAAAUAAACAAUACAACGUCGAUCACGGCGAAAUAUUUUUCCUUACACGGAGUUUCAAUUUACGUU